CAAGCGAGCUAGGUUGCAAGAAGCGCUAGCGCAUCGAAACUGCACUUUCAUCAUCAACCAACUAGAGCCGAGUCUACAAUCAAUCACUCCAUAAUCUUUCAGCUGAUAACAAUACGUUAUUGUUGUCUUGUCAGCAUCUGUGAUGAGCAAGCUCAAGUUCCACCGGGAGCUGCAGGCGUCGGAUCCGCUCCAGAAACCGGUGCUAAUCAUUGGUCAGUUGUCUCAUCUGACCAAGGUUCCGUUUGACUGUAUCCGUUGCAAGCUAGAGCCGAGAGUAAAUGCCGAAACGUACCAGAAAGCAAUCGGCUACCUGCAUCCAUCUGCUUCGUCCGAUAGCUGCUCGCUCUAUCUGGAUUUGGCCAAGGUUGCUGCCCUGCCGAGCAAGUCUUCGAGGCAUAAUUCCGAUUCGAGGGCACAUGCCAUCACGAAAUUGGUGCAAGCGCACACAUCCGGGAUCACUGAGUCGAUCGUGAUUGUUUGCACCCGGGAUAACCUGUUUGCUUCUGGCUGUGCUGUGGCCCGAGCAUUUCCGCUGUAUAGCCGAAAGACAUCCAAAGAAGGCGGAGGCAAAGAUCGGAAUGAUAAGGGUGCAACAUUGGUGACCGUUGAGUUCGUGCUGGUCGGAGGAGAUGGCAAAGAUACGGUCACCGAUGAGGACUGCAACGUGUUGGACUACGCGGCCGAAGGGAUUCGUUUGACGGCAAAGAUCGUUGAUGCACCCUGUAACGAAAUGAACGUUUCGGGCUUCCUCCGGGAGGUUGAAGCAGUUGCUAAGCUGCUGAAAAUCACUCCAAAGAUUAUCCGAGGGAACGAACUGCGAGAAAAAGGCUUUGGUGGCAUUUAUGGGGUCGGAAAGGCAGCAGCUGAUCCCCCGGCGUUGGCAGUUUUAUCUUACGAACCAUCAGGAGCAACGGAAACGGUGGCCUGGGUUGGCAAGGGGAUUGUUUUCGAUACCGGUGGUUUGAGUAUCAAGGGCAAAACGGCUAUGCCUGGAAUGAAGAGAGAUUGUGGUGGUGCCGCUGCAAUUCUUGGAGCCUUCUAUGCCACCGUUAAAAGUGGCUAUACUCAAAAUUUGCAUGCAGUUUUCUGUUUGGCCGAGAAUUCCGUCGGUCCUGACGCUACCCGCCCGGAUGAUAUUCACCGUUUGUAUUCAGGUCGCACCGUAGAGAUCAACAAUACGGAUGCCGAAGGUCGUUUGGUUUUGGCCGAUGGUGUUUGCUACGCCGAUCGGGAUCUGAAGGCUCAAGUGAUUCUUGAUAUGGCCACUUUGACUGGAGCCCAAGGUAUCGCUACCGGCAAAUACCAUGGUGCCAUUUUGACUAACAGCGAAGAUUGGGAGGCAAAAUCAUUGGUGGUCGGUCGUCAAACAGCCGACCUUCUGGCCCCGGUACCUUACUGCCCGGAACUUCAUUUCAGUGAGUUCAACUCUGCCGUUGCUGACAUGAAAAACUCGGUUAUGGAUCGCGGUAACGCUCAGGUAAGUUGCGCAGGGCUUUUCAUCGGGGCUCAUCUUGGUUUCGAUUACGACGGCUCGUGGUUGCAUGUGGACAUGGCCUCUCCGGUCCAUUGUGGAGAACGUGCCACAGGCUAUGGCGUGGCUCUGUUGAUGGGUCUUUUUGGCGAUUACAGCCGUGCAGGAAUACUGAAAGAAAUCGCGGUAAAAGGCCGAAACGGAGCUUACUCCGGCGGGUCUCCGAGCAGUGAACCACCAACCAAGAAGAUUUGCAUCAACUAGUAAAAUUGGUUGAGGAUUUUGUGUUCAGCUGUUGCAUCAUGUUUCUUUAACAAUCUUCUUCAUUGCUCUAAAAUCGAAAAUAAACAUUGA